AAACAACGAGUAGGUACCGCUGUAUCAUUUCGCUUGUGUUUUUCUUAUCAAACACGUUCUUUUUUCUGACGUGCAUUCUGACCAGUAUUUUACAUCGAUUUUACUUUUACUACUCCGUUUUGGCAAACUGACAUUUCGGCACUGGAUUGCCAUCGCGAUGACAAGCCUGCGAAAAACGCCCCGAAGUAUUAAUGAUAAGGCUAAGGUCGAGAUCCUUCGUGAAAAACUGUUUCAAUGGACGUGCGAACAACACGCUACCAAUCAGCCGUUGAAUAAGGAAAUAAUUGGUCGUAAAGCCGUCAAUCUCUCACUCGAGUUAGGUCUCGGAGACGUUAAAUUUUCGAAAAGAUGGGUGACGAUCUUCCUGAAGAAGUACGGUUUUCCACCCUCACUCGCUUCCACUCUGCAUGGUCCGGUCUUCAAGGACUAUCGAGAGUGGAUCGACCUGAUGAGACCCCACAUGUCGCAGUAUCGGUACAAGGACGUCUUUCAGGUAGACGAGAUGGGAAUGUACCACGAUAUUUCACCAGAGAAGAUACCCGGAGAGGCGGUCGGUUGCGUAACUUGCAGAAACGGGGAAGACAGGGAACAUCGCGUGACCUUAUUGCUCUGCUGCAGCGCAUCGGGACUCGAGAAACUGCCGCCGUUGAUAUGCGGAAAAUUCGAUACUCCUGUGCAGGCUCACUACAGCUGCCGAUACUCUUUCAACCCGGACGCGUGGAUCACUCGAGAGGUAUUCAGAGUCUGGAUAACAGAGUUGAACGCUCGAAUGGCGAGGUCAAACAGGAAGAUCGUAUUGCUGCUGAGCAGGGGUCGCGUCCACGCUUUCAAGGACAAUGCCCUGUCGAACGUGGGCCUGAUUUUCUUCCCGAAAGAGUUCCCCCCGAACUUACAGCCGCUGAGGGCGAACAUAUUUCACCGCUUCAAAACGAUCUACCGGCAAAGUUACACCGCGAAGAAGGUGACGAUGGGGUCCAAUUUUAAUUGGACCUUCGCGGAUACUAUCGACAAUAUCGUCAAAGCGUGGGAGAGCGUCCCGAAGGAAUUUAUCUUGUCCAGUUUUCGCCGAGCUAAUAUCAGACGCGAUAACGACACGUCGCCGAUCAUCUCCUGUCCUGAAUGGAACCGCCUACAUCCAGGAAUCUCAUUUCGCAGUUAUGUUACCUUCGACGAUAAUCUCAGCGUAAGCUUCUCGUCCAUCAGGCGGUCUCACCGUUUAGCAGAAAUAUCAACUACCUGCAAACAUGGCGCGCAGACGCGUUUCGCAUCAGGGCGCCAUCCCAACGGGGCUUUUCACGAACCCAUAGAAAUCGGAAGUGAUUCCGAGUCCUCGGACGAAGAUGCGGUCCAGGAGACAUCGAUGGACAAAUCGAACAGCAAUUUACCCCUGCAUAUAGCAUGCGUCGAAUACGUAAACGAUGGAUUCGACGCAAGAAAUACAAGAACGGCGUCUACCUUUCGGGGUGAAAACAGUCCACGGGUCUCGGAUAUCAACGCGGAUAUGCUUCUUCCAUGCGUUGUUGCUGACGUUGUUCGGAACAUGGUCCGUAAGGUUGAGGACAUCGCCGAGGAUCGAGGGAUAGAUGAGGACGAUACGGGUCUUCGGGCGCAGGACGAAGAAAGCGAACGGAGGGCGAUGGCGACGAGAAAAAGAGUUCGGGGGGAAAUUGACGGAGAGGAGGAAACUAACGACGACUCACGGGAGCCAACGGAGAAGCGAUGGAUGGGCGAAGAGGCAUGGUACAAAAUAUACGAGCAUAGCUUCGUCUUCGGGGCUCCGGAUGGUCCUCGAGGGACCGCUUCGGACCGUCGUGCGGACGUGAAAGCGGGUGCGUUGCCGCAGACGGGGAUUAAUUCGUCACAGAAAACCGAGGACCUGGAGAAGAGGAGCAUCUUUACUAUGAGCAACACGCCCUCGAUCAGACCGCGGAAUUAAUAACCGUAUACCGACUUCUUCGGUGCUCUCUAAAUCAAUGAGAUCUAUGCUUGCAGUGCUCACAUCAUUUUCAGAAUUGGUUAGGCUGAGUGAGAGGGGAAAAUGAUUCGAUCUGGUGUAGUAUUCAACAAAGUGUGCCUCCUUCUCGGGAGCCAACGAAAAUUACCUGUCUUUAUUUAUUUGCAAUCUGAGGUAAUUAAUUGUAGAGAAUUCAUAAAAGGGUAAGACUUGUAUGAAAUUUGUUGGUGCGAUGAAAUUAUAAUUGAUCGAUAUUGAGUUGGACAGUUUCUAUCAGGUACGGAUUGGCGGGUUUUGAACCGGUAAGGUAAUUCUAUUAGCGGACCGGCCCAUAACCCAAAAACCGCAGGAGAAAUUGUCGUUUGCAACAAUAAACCAUCCAAUUCUAAUCUUUUACAGUUUAAGUAUCAAUUGUACGAACGUAAACGGUGGGAUAUAAAAAUUUAUCUCUCAGGUAUAGUUCAAGGAGAGAACGGUCUUUAUCAUAUGUUUGUUUCAUGGAAGAUCGUUUUACAUUUCGUAUUGUUUAGUCCGUUUGCGCAAAGUCGUCAGUCUUAGGAAAUUUAUUGUCGAUACUUUUGUCACGAAGUCCGCCAGUUUGGAGCGAAUGUCCGUCAUCUUGUCCGUCCGAACGUCGAAUCUUCGCUGUAUAAAUAGGUACAUUUAUUAUGUCCGUUUCCAACUUUACUCGAGUUCAGAUUAUCAUAUGAAAAAUAUUACACGACACGAUAUUUUUGUUUAAUAUAUUCAUGUUCAUAUCCUGUCAUUAUGCCUCUUAACAUGUGUAGCAUUCUAAUUGUUUAAAAUUCGACUGCUUCAAAUGUCGGCAAUCUCUUAAAGUCGCGUUUGAAAUAUGUACGUCUUUUAUGAAUUCUAUCAGAUUACGGGUCGGCUUCGGCACAAUUUUAUUACCCACACUAACAUUACCACAAGGGAGUUUAUGUAAAAAUUAAUUGCAUUGUGAUCUGAGCGCGUUUAUGUACGCCUCAAAAUCUAUUUCGUUUCGUAUCUUUAGCCGCUCUCCGUUAGAAAUAAUUUAUUCCUUCACGAAAAAUUGAGUUUUAAGGACAUUAUGAAAAUUGCAAUACUUGGCACAUUAGUCGAUUUGUUUCCAACGGACAGCGAUGUUUAUGGCUAGUCGACGUCUUAAUGAGUCGUUCAGGUACAUCGAAAGGUGAAAAGCUGGAGUGUGAAUAGUGAGUUUAUACCUGAACCGGUGUGGAAGAGAUUAGAAGCCGUGCCAUAGAUCGGACAAGUUGAAUGUUAUUUUCUUCCCUCAACCCAAUCCACUCUACUUACCACAGAACUUUGUCACUGUUUCCACUAGCCACCUUCCGACCUUUCCGCUUUUCACAUCCAUGCGAAGUUUAAGUAGAUUAGGCUAAGCUAGGUGAGGGUGCGACUCCAAUAACUGCAGUUCAGGUUCUUAUUCUCGUUCAUUUUACAGCUAAGGUACGGGAAUACUCUAAGCUAUAACACGGCAGCUUCGGUGCUUAGAUCGCCCAUAUACAUAUCCCGUAUCCCACACAUCUAAGCGUUAGGGAUGAUCGAAUUAUGACGCGCAAAUGUCAAGGGUGGAUCAAUAGAUGCGUGAUUAAAUUGAAGGGUGUUCCAUGAAUUUUAAUCCGGAAUAUCGAUGAGGUCUGUGGUACUCGGUCUGCAAAUAUUGGCGCGGUGCUUUGCGCUAUUCGCAAAAGAGGUCACAACGAAAUGGAAUUUUUUUGUGAAUUUUAUGCACCUGGCAUGUAUCGUUACGAACUCAAAAUUAGAGACAUUAUUUUCUCGGAUCUGUUGAAAAUCUUGAAAAUUGAAUUGACAUUGCAUCGAGAA